GGGCAGACAGCAGGCCCGGGUUUAUGCGGUUGAUCAGGCAGAGGCAGCACAGCAGCCAGGUACUAUGUCAGGGAUGGUUGUGCUUAAUGAUAUUCCUGUUUUCGCUUUGUUCGAUACUGGAGCAACACAUUCAUUCAUUUCACGACGAUGUCUUGAUGCCAUCGAAGUUCAUGCCGUUACCGCUGUCGAUCCUCUUGAGGUGAGUUUAGCCUCGGGACGAAAGAUAGUGACCUCAGCUAAAGCCUCAGAUCUUAGCCUUUCCAUCGGUGGCCGAGUAUUGUCUACCGACGCGUUUAUUCUCGAGAUGAGGGAUUUUGACCUUAUUCUCGGAAUGGAUUGGCUAUCCUCCUAUCAUGCAGACAUCAGGUGUCAUGACCGGGAGAUCACUCACUAUCUUUCGGGAGACGAGUCGAUCACCUUUUUCGGUUCCAGGAAUCGUUCACUGCCUCAUGUUGUUUCGAUGGCGAAAGCCACUAAGCUACUGCGACGAGGCAACUGCCAGGGUUAUCUGGUGAGCCUUGUCGACGAAUCUCAGAAAGCACGCUCACCUCAUGAUGUUCCAAUUGUUUGCGAGUUCGUGGACGUGUUCCCAGACGAGCUUCCAGGAGGACCGCCUAACCGGCAGGUGGAGUUCUCUAUCGAUCUUAUUCCAGGGGCCGGUCCAGUAUCCAAAGCCCCGUAUCGUAUGGAGCCUAAGGAGUUGCAGGAGCUUAAGGCGCAGAUUCAGGAGCUUUUACGACUCGGUUUCAUCCG